AUUGAAGUGGCCCAUUUAUAGCCCAUCAAAUAGCGAUCUCUGGUGUUCUUAUCAUUAAGCGAAGUAACCUUGGAGGUUCCUCAAAAUCGUCUCUUCGCAGAUUUGCAGGAAGUGAGGAGAUAUGGAUAGUGAGAGAAGAGUGCAUCCGGACUGUAUAAACGCCUCUAAUCCUUACCACGAGUGUGUUGAGUAUUGCUUUAAGAAAAUUGCUCAAGCAAAGGCUAAACUAGAGAAGCAAGGAUUAGUUGAAGCUGUCAGUGGGCAGUCAAGGGAGACACCUGCUGAUAAAAUUGUAGAGGAAGAGAGUUCUGAGGAAGAAGAUGAAGAAGAAGAUAACCAAGAACCUGAAGUUGACGUCAGCCAACUUACAGGGAGGAAGAAGAAGUUGUAUGAGCUAAGACUUAAGAUGAAUGAAGCAAGAAAGUUCAAUCAGACAGAUGUCGGGUCUGAAAAGAAGAAAAUGGAAGCACCAACUGAGCCAAAAGGAAUCUCCAAACAGAAAUGGGUGGAGGCGAGGCACAAAAAGAUCGGGAAGAUUCUGGAUGCUAAUGGUUUAGAUAUGUCAAAGGCUUACAUGCUCGAUACUCAAGAAACAGCAGAAACCAAAUACAAGAAAUGGGAAAAGGAACCCACACCUUCUGGUUGGGAUGUCUUCAACCAGAAGACGUUAUACAACGCAUACAAGAAACGGACAAAGAACAUUCAGGUUGACAUAGAGGAGUACAACCGAAUGAGAGCAGCUGAUCCAGAGUUUUACCGUGAGGCCUCAAGCUUGCAAUACGGCAAGGCCCCAAAAAUUUCAAAAGAUAAGAUAGAUAAGAUGGCAAAGGAGCUCCAUGACAGAGAAGAGAAGCGACAGGAGUUUAGCAGGAGAAGAAAGUUCAGGGAAGAGAAGGAUAUCGAUUCGAUCAACGACAGAAACGAGCAUUUCAACAAGAAGAUCGAGCGUGCGUUUGGGAAGUACACGCUGGAGAUCAAAAACAACUUGGAGCGAGGAACUGCAUUACCUGACUAAGUUAAUUGAGAUCACAUGUUGGAAACAUGAGAAUGUAUUAUCUUGUCGAAUUAUAAUGCUUUUGUCUGCUUAUCGUCUUUAAUAUCUUGUAGAAUGUACCACCAAAUUCUCUCGUUAGAGAGAAAAACGGUAAGAAGGAUUUUUUUUAACCC